UGCUCUUUUAAAAGGCAGCGCCAUAUUCGCAAUAGGCGGCUACCGUUCAGCAAAAGCCGAUAAUUUAUUAAUGUAAUUCAUAGUGCUAUGGUGCUAUCAAAUUAUUAAAAAGGGGCCUUGCUAUGGCGAUUCGCCGACCACGCGGCACCUAACCGUGUUUCCGAAACGUCUAGACUCGUCGUUUUAUCAUCGUUGUGUAACCUUAAAGUUGACAAUUGCUAUCUGUCGUGGCUGUGCCCCACCGACGUUGAUAAAAAACGAAUGAGUAAUCCGAUUAGCGAGAUGGUGAGGCUUCUUUCGCCUUGUUAUGCUUUGUUAGUUAAACGAGAUUAAGCUUUAUAAAAGUAUGUUGAUGGUUUAAGUGUGCACCACACCCAAGAACGUGAUGGUUAUUCGGCGGUGAAGUGCUGACUGUCAUUAGAAGAGGGUACGGGUGGUUUUUUGUGGAUGCUAGGCCCCAGGCCCCAUCGACCCCAGUUGCGUAUAGCCGAGCUUGACCAUGGCUUGCUGCCAGAGCGAUGAGGUUAGAGAACAGAAGAGAAUCAAUCAGGAAAUUGAAAAACAACUGCGGCGAGACAAGAGGGACGCUCGCAGGGAGCUCAAGUUACUGUUAUUAGGUACUGGUGAGUCAGGCAAAUCAACUUUUAUAAAACAGAUGAGAAUUAUUCAUGGAGCUGGAUAUUCUGAUGAAGACAAACGUGGCUUUAUAAAACUAGUCUAUCAAAAUAUAUUUAUGGCAAUGCAGAGUAUGAUUAGGGCGAUGGAUCUUUUAAAAAUACAGUAUGCCUCACCAGAUAGUGGUCAAAAAGCAGAACUGAUUCGAAGUGUUGACUAUGAAACAGUGACAACAUUUGAAAAUCCUUAUGUAGAUGCAAUAAAGGACUUAUGGAGCGACGCUGGCAUCCAGGAAUGUUAUGAUAGACGUCGAGAGUACCAAUUGACAGAUUCUGCCAAAUACUAUUUGAUGGAAAUUGACCGCGUUGCGGCCCCCGACUACUUGCCAACCGAACAGGAUAUCUUGCGGGUUCGUGUGCCCACCACAGGCAUUAUAGAGUAUCCCUUUGAUCUGGACGAGAUUAGGUUUAGUUAUCUUAGUGAUUUGGAGCGGUUAAGAGAUCCAAAUUAUUUACCUACAGAGCAAGACAUCCUCAGGGCUCGAGCACCAACCACUGGAAUCAUUGAAUACCCUUUCGAUUUAGAUUCCAUCAUAUUUAGAAUGGUAGACGUAGGAGGUCAGAGGUCAGAGAGAAGAAAGUGGAUUCACUGUUUCGAAAACGUCACCUCCAUCAUUUUCUUAGUAGCUUUAAGUGAAUACGACCAAAUCUUGUUUGAGUCUGAAAAUGAAAAUCGAAUGGAAGAAUCUAAGGCUCUAUUUAAAACCAUAAUUACGUACCCGUGGUUCCAGCACUCCUCUGUGAUUCUGUUCUUGAACAAGAAGGAUUUGCUCGAGGAGAAAAUCUUGUAUUCGCAUCUGGUUGAUUAUUUUCCGGAAUAUGACGGUCCCCAAAGAGACGCAAUCGCCGCUAGAGAGUUCAUCCUGCGGAUGUUCGUAGAUCUUAAUCCCGAUGCCGAAAAGAUCAUAUACUCUCAUUUCACUUGCGCAACAGACACGGAAAAUAUAAAGUUCGUAUUCGCCGCGGUGAAGGACACGAUACUUCAGUCGAACCUGCGGGAAUACAAUCUGGUGUAGGAGUCAGCCAUGGCAGACGACGACGCCUGGAUGCGUUGUCGUCUCAUCAACCCUACGGGCGUCCAAACGACGCCGGUGACGUGCGACCGCAACGGACGCAACAUUUCUUAUUAUUAUUGUUGUUGUGCGCGACAUAGUGUGAUGAUGAGUGACGCCCGCAAGUUUUUAGUGCAUUUCUCUUAGUUAUUUAAUUAAUUAAUAUAAUAAGCAAAGAAACGAUUAAUUAAAAAUGAACACAACACAGAAGAGAUCGAUUGAAGAGAGAAGAAAAGGUAGAAAGAAAGAAUAAUCAGGGAUAGGAAUCAGAACCAGACGGAUCGGAAAGAAAGAUGGAAAGGGAGACGGAUGCAAAAAAAUCGAUAAUUGAUGGAUUUGAUUGUUUUCGUAAAACAGAAAAAAAAUAGUCAUUUAUUAUAGACAGUGUUUUUGAAGUGUAAAGUUACUACUAUUACUACUAUUACUAUUUACUAUUAUUCUAUUGCAAACCAGAAUUUAUUCAUUUCUACAAGAAACAAACAAAAGAGAAAUUAUAAUUCCAGGAGCUUCUGGCCGUCACGGUGGUUGCAUUUUUUUUAAUCAGAUACUACGCGGGCUGCUACUGGGAGCAUCUCAGUGAUAUUGUUUCAUGUAUCGCUUCGAUAUAUUGAUAUGAUAUUCCACUGGAAAUGGUGACAGUAGCAACUGGCGAAGGGUCUGGAAGAUAGAGGCAACAAAACGACUGAAAACCCCAGAAGCCUGGACUAACAUUACGGACUCUGGCCGUUAAAGCCUAAGCAGCAUUUAAAAAAGAUACGAUUACUUCUACUACUAACUACUAUUACUAUUAUAUGCGACUUUUGAAUGCCAUGCAUUUUUGUACGACGGACUAAACUACGACUUUGGCUGUCUGGUCAGGUUUUUGUUUUUAAAUUUUAUCAUUUAUCUCACCCCCGCCCGACACCGCCUCCGCCACCGUCACCAACACUUCAACCACUGCCUUUCCCACAGCUUAUGUUAUGCCGUCGAAUGUCUCCGCAACAAAUCUUAGUAUUUAUUAUUAAUUAAAAGUGCAGAAAUUACGUAUGAUGAUGUGUGAUGAUGAAUAAUAAAGCAGAAGAAACAAAUAUGAAAUUACCUACUACUAAAUAAUAAUAAUAAUAAUAUUAAUGAUAAUAAUGUCCGGCUUCGUUAUUGUUUUUUGUGCACGGAGCAGCAGCAAACAGUUGAAACGUAAGAGAAAAAAAAGUAAAAGAUACACGUCCAAAUAAAUGGGGGGGACCAGGUCUGACGCGUGGACAAGUAGCGACUAAAGGGGGGCCUCCCUGGCGUCUUUCUACUCGCCUUACGCAUCUUCCGCCCCUUUAAAAAAAACUCCUGCGUAUAUACAUGCAUAUACAUUAAUAGUACAUAAUAUACAUACAUAUAUACAUGCAUAAAGCGCGUUUUUUUAUCGAGCUAUCGAUUUGUUUAUUGAUGUAGUUUUACGACAGAUUAACAUGAUGCCCCAUAUGAAUUAUUAUAUACGUCUGGAAAUUGUGUUUCCAAAAAUAAAAUAAUUCUGUGUUUUUCGUAA